CAACACUACUGUGAGUUAGAAAAUGAGGAUACAAGAAAUUCCAUCACUUUCACUACAUUAGCUUCUCCAAGACCUUGGAAGUUGAACAAAGUAGAGAGAUGGGUUUAUAGUUACGGACUGAGGAUUUGUCUCCAGACUUGUGGAUAAAAGUUAUUUUGUGAACUUUCCAUUCAUCUGGGAGGGUGGCAUACUUUAGAGAUAAAUGAAAUAGUUGUUGAAGAGGGACACAGAGAGGAGCAGCACAGGCCUUGAGUAGUUUAGGACCUAUUCCAUCUACAUGUAUACCAAUUGCUUUUGAGCAGGGUUGGAGCAUCAAUGGUGAAUAUUGCAUUUGAAGAUACUGGGGAGUAAACUGAGUGAAAAUACUCAUUAAAAAGGGGAGCUUUGUCAGGGUCAGAUGAUGCUGUUUUAGAUUGUAGAGAUAACUUAGGUGGUAGCUGACCCUGUUUGAUGAUAGAUUUGACAUAAGAAAAAAAAACUGGUCUUGUCGUCAUGUAAUUGGGCAAUGAAUGAAGAUUUAGCCUGGGCAAUGUCAUAGUUUAAGUUAUCACUAGAAAUUGAGACUUUAGCCUCCAUGAGAGGUGAAGGAUGUGACCUGAAUAUUCGUUGUAAAGUCCUGUGACAAUUGAUUUUGUGCCUUAUACUCUGAUCAAACCAUUUAGGUGAGUUACCAAAACAACGAGUAGUAGUAGAAACCGGCACAAACUUAUCAACAGCAACAUUAAUGGCAGAUUUAAUAAGAUCCCAAGCUGCUGAGACAUCGGAGGAAUUAAGACAGGCAGAGAAAUCCCAGUCUAGAAGAAAAUCACACAUGCUCCCAUAGUCAGCUUUUUGCAAAGUUGAGAAAUUGAGCAGGAGAAUGAGAGGCAUUGGGAAUAGACAAAGGAGAGAGGAUAGAGAAGGUUGAUUAGAGACUAGAGGAAAGAUGUUUUGAUUAAUACAUCAUUUGAUACACAGCCCCAAGAAUUUGUUAUCACUAGAUCCAGGAGAUUACCUUGCUUGUGAGUGGGGCAGUCAAUGACUUGGGCAAGGUCAUGAUUAAAAAUUAUAUCACAUAGCUCUGGGGAGAGAGAUGAGGAAUGGACUCUUGGUUUAUAUCACGUGACUAGUUAGUAUCCUUAUGAAGUUGAACACGUGUAUCCGUGUGGCACUGGCGUAGCUGUGCCUGGAUGCUUGCUGGUGUAAUCGAAACUAAAAAACUAGCUAAAAGGCUUCAGAUUUUAUCUCUGGUUUUACUAUGGGUGAAGAGUACGUUUAUGUAGCAACAAGUGACGUUGGUCGAGUAAUUGGUAGAAGCGGAACAACGAUUAGAAAUUUGCAGGAUGACAGUGGCUGCAGGAUUAAGGUAUUUCGAAAUGAUGAUGGUGACGUGUACACAAAAGUACAACUGAAAGGAUCCACUGAUACUAUUGAUUGUGCUAAAAACUUAAUAUCAAGAAUUACAAAAUUAAGAGUUACUGGUGACCACUCUGAUGAUGAAAGCAGAGUGUCGGGAUGGGGCAAGAGUUAUGUUUCAUCUAAUCAAGAUGAUUGUAGCAGUAAGAAUCAGACUACAGAUGAUUGGGAUGAGCCUGAUACUACUGCAACUCCUGUGACUCAGAGUUCAAGAACAUGGUCUAGUGAUAUGAUGUGGUCUAGUGGCAGUAGUCAUACAUCUGGUAGUAGUCAUGGUUUUAAAUCAGGUUUUAACCGUCGGCAGAUUAAAAUUGCUGAUAGAGGCAGAGGUAGUUCCUACCAGCAGCAUUCCAGUUCAAGGCAGCACCAUGGAACUUCUCAGUUUAAUGUUCCAGAUAGCUCAGGUACUGAAAGGAAAGUUCAAAUAGAUUGGGCUGCACUACAUGCUGGUCGUGCUGAAGCAGUUGCUAAAAAAUGGAAGGGGCUGCCUGAUAUUGUGAAGGAUUUUUAUAAUGAAGAUACUGAAGUAGCUAGCCUUUCCUAUAGUGAUGUAGAGGCUUUUCGGUCUGAUAGAAAUGGAAUUAGUGUUGUUGAUCUCUCAGACAAGGACAGAUUGAUACCAAAUCCUGUAAAGACCUUUGAGCAAGCUUUUCGUGACUAUCCGGAGAUUAUUGAUCAGAUUUACAAGCAAGAGUUUGUUCAUCCUAGUCCAAUACAAUGUCAAAGUUGGCCUGUAUUGCUAAAAGGCUUUGAUAUGGUUGGAAUUGCUCAAACUGGUACUGGAAAAACACUUGCGUUCUUGCUGCCUGCUUUGAUACAUAUUAAUGGACAGACUGUGCCAAGAUCUGAGCGCUCUGGACCUACUGUUCUGGUAUUAUCACCAACCCGAGAGUUAGCUCUUCAAAUUGAAAAGGAAGUACAAAAGUUUUGCUAUAAAGGAAUAAGGAGCGUUUGUGUUUAUGGAGGUGGCAACCGUAAAGAACAAAUAAAAACUGUAGGAAGAGGAGUUGAAAUUGUAAUUGCUACUCCUGGCCGUCUUAAUGAUUUGUUGAUGAAUGGUGUUUUGUGUCUUCGUAGUGUCACAUUUCUGGUAAUCUUAAAACAUUUGUGUGAUGUUUUAUUAUACUACCAGAUACUUGAUGAAGCUGAUAGAAUGCUUGACAUGGGUUUUGAACCCCAAAUUAAGAAAGUACUAUUAGACAUACGGCCUGAUCGGCAAACUGUAAUGACCAGUGCUACGUGGCCCCCUGGUGUCAGAAGAUUAGCAGAAUCAUACAUGACUGAUCCAUUCCAAGUUACUGUUGGAACUUUAGAUCUACAAGCUUGUAAAGCAGUUGUUCAACAAGUAGAGUUUAUUGAAGAUAGCGACAAAAAAGAAAGAGUAAUGGAGUUCAUUAAUGACAUGAUAGAUGGAGAGAAGGUGUUGAUCUUUUGUAGUAGGAAAGCAACUGCUGAUGAUUUAGCAAGUGACUUAUUGCUCCAUGGAUAUCCUGUGCAAUCAAUUCAUGGUGAUCGGGAACAGGAAGAUAGGGAGCAAGCAUUAGAAGACUUUAGCACAGGUGCUGCACCUAUUUUAGUAGCCACAGAUGUUGCUUCUAGAGGCAUUGACAUCAAAGAUAUAACGUUUGUGAUAAACUUUGAUUUUCCAAUGCAUAUUGAAGAUUAUGUUCACAGAGUUGGUCGAACUGGACGGGCAGGAUCAACUGGAAAAGCACUAACUUUUAUGUCUCGCAGCAAUUGGAAAUGGGCAAGGCAGCUAAUAAAAAUUUUGUCUGAUGCUUGUCAAGUUGUUCCUUUGGAGCUAGUUUCAAUGGCUGAAAGAUAUGACAAGUGGUGUGAACGCAAUAGAGAUGGACGUAGAUACUAAGCAUUCAGGAGUAAAAAAACAUGAAAAUUAUAAUUAUUGUCAUGAUUUACAACAUGUACAUUGUACAUCAUUAUAAUCAUGUUAUACAUUAAAGUUUUGAUGAAUUGUUAACGAUGUCCCCAUUUUAUAAA